AUGAUACGUGAUCCACCGGCCAUGCACAAACCUGAUAACGCUGCCAGUCAGCAAGAGGAAAACAAAUAUGCCCUCAGCAGCACCGUGGCGGGGAGCACAGGCGGCGCGAGGCUGUGCGCCCAGUGCGGGAAGGUCAUCACCGAGAGGUUCCUCCUUAAGGCAAUGGAACGGUUCUGGCACGAAGACUGCCUGAAGUGCGGCUGCUGCGACUGUCGCCUUGGCGAGGUCGGCUCCAAGCUUUACUACAAGGCCGACCUCAUGCUCUGCAAGAGGGAUUACCUUAGGUUAUUCGGUGCCACGGGCAAUUGUGUAGCGUGCAACAAAGUCAUUCCGGCGUUCGAAAUGGUUAUGCGGGCAAAGAGUUUCGUAUACCACUUAGAAUGCUUCGCCUGUCAACAGUGCAAUCACAGGUUCUGCGUGGGCGACAGAUUUUAUCUGUGCGACAACAAGAUACUUUGCGAGUACGACUACGAAGAGAGGCUGGUGUUCGCAAGUAUGGCCGCCAACCCCACCGGCCUAGCACAUAUACGAAGACAAGUUAGUGGAUUACAGUCGCCGGGCGGCGGUUACCCGGGGGGUGCGUGCGUCGCUGCCGGCGGGGCGCUGGUGGAGAAGGAGGGCGCGGGGUGCGCGGGCGCCGACGACGCCUCCAGCGGCUACGGCAGCCCCCCCGAUCCGGACGUGUGCGACGCCGCGCGA